GUAAAAAAAUAUAUCUAAUAAGGAUAAAGGUAGAUAAUAUAGUAAGGGGCUUAAAUUGCAGUAAAGGAGCUAUAAGGGAAAAAAGGCUAAAGGAGUUAUUAAUAAAGUAA